AUGUCGUUGCUCAAAUCCUUCGGUCAAGCGCUACAGCGCUCAGUAGAAGUCGCUCGCGAUGAGACUGCCAAAAUGAUGCGCAUGGAAAUCUCUCCAACAUCCAAAAACCAAGGUGCUCUUCUCAUCUAUGCCAUGACUCAACCUUCACACUUGUCAAACUUUGCAACCGGCUCCGACUCGGACAUUGGUGGGUUAUCUCAAUGUCGACUUGGACUUGACGAAUCCUCACGCGGACGAUUCUAUGGUACACUGUCCUCGCAAGUACCCAGAGGAGGCAAAAUCGAGAAAUCUGGCUAUGCAGGGUUCCGUAAUCGAAAUCGGCCCACACUCUUUGGGAAUCAGUGCUGGGAUACUACUGUCCAUCCCUACCUUGCGCUGCGUGUGAGGAACAGGCUCGCGAAGAAGCCGAUUGUUACUGCAGACAAGAAUGAAAAGGUGGAUAGUAGCGGAGGAAGCGGUCUUCGGGCAGCAUUGCAUGCAAGCGAUCCUUCAGGACCAGCUGCUAGUCGAGCCAUCCACGCACUCGGGCUGGGAAAAAAAGAGUUGCCGGGACCCAAGUUCUUUGUAAAUGUGCAGACGGAUGGUCCUGUAACAAGUGAUCUUUUCCAACACCGACUCUACCUGCACGAAAACAAAGGUUCCGAUUGGCAGACUGUGAUUAUCCCAUUCGACGACUUCGUACUCACCAACACCGGUCAAGUCUCCAACUCUCAAGUCUCGAUGAUGAGGGAGAAGAUCCGAACAGUUGGUAUUUCUGCUGUUCUCGAUGUCCCCGUGCCUCCUUCGGCGUCCAAGCCGCCUAGCAAGGAUGCUCCUCCUUCUACACUUUCUCGCAGCUCGAGGAAGGAGGGAGAGGAUGAUUGGGCGGUGGACGGAGAUUUUAAGCUCGACGGUGAGGAGGUGAGAGGCAGCAAGCGUGGGACAACGUACAAUUUUGAUCUGGGUUUGGAGAGUGUUUAUGCUGUAGGCGAGCUGGAGGAGUUGGAUGGCUUGUUCCAGCAGUAG